UGGGCUACUCCUGGGUCACUCUGUUGAAGGACGGCAGGAUGCAGUCUAUAGAGAUACAACUGCCUGUGUCUACCACCCUGCCCCCUGGAUACCUGUAUGACAAGACCCAGGACACAAAGAAGGUACAACCCUCUGUACACUGGAGAGAACCUGGGGUCAGGGAAGUGCUUUCCCCUGCUUGUGUGCUAGUGACAAAUGACUGAGAUGACACUGAUUAAAAGAUUUGGAGAAAGAGUCUUUGACAAACUGGUACGGGGACCUCGGUUCGGUCCGCACUGUGAGCCCAAAUGAAAACAUAAUAAAAUAUAUUUACAAAAUAAAAACACUAGGCCUAUAGGCUAUGCCUACGAUGCGUUGUAGGCUUAUGCCUCUUCAGUAAAUCUGAGCUGAAAAAACAUUUCAGGCUAUUAAUUAAUCUGUAAUCUUAAUUGAUGCAUUUCAAACUGUCCUUUUGUGAAGCGCAGCCGGGAACUAGUUCUGUACGAUGGUGAGUUGUGGGGUCGAUAAACCAGAAUUGGAGGAUCCUCCAUCGUUGUUUAAAUCUCAAAUUUUGAAACAUUUUGGCUUCCCAGUAGAUUACUACGGAAAUAGACAGAGAGUUGUGGAUAAAACGUUAACGUGCUCAACGAGAAUAGCCUAUGCAGCUGCCAACACCUCUAAUACAGUUGAAGUCGGAAGUUUACAUACACUUAGGUUGGAGUCAUUAAAACUCGUUUUUCAACCACUCCACAAAUGUCUUGUUAACAAACUAUAGUUUUGGCAAGUCGGUUAGGACAUGACACAAGUAAUUUUUCCAACAAUUGUUUACAGACAGAUUAUUUCACUGUAUCACAAUUCCAGUGGGUCAGAAGUUUACAUAUAGCAAGUUGACUGUGCCUUUAAACAGCUUGGAAAAUUCCAGGAAAUGAUGUAAUGGCUUUAGAAGCUUCUGAUAGGCUAAAUGACAUCAUUUGAGUCAAUUGGAGGUGUACCUAUGGAUGUAUUCCAAGGCCUACCUUCAAACUCAGUUCCUCUUUGCUUGACAUCAUGGAAAAAUCAAAAGAAAUCAGCCAAGACCUCAGAAAAACAAUUGUAGACCUCCACCUAUCUGGUACAUCCUUGGGAGCAAUUUCCAAACGCCUGAAUGUACCACGUUCAUCUGUACAAACAAUAGUACGCAAGUAUAAACACCAUGGGACCACGCAGCCGUCAUACCGCUCAGGAAGGAGACGUGUUCUGUCUCCUAGAGAUUAACGUACUUUGGUGCGAAAAGUGCAAAUCAAUCCCAGAACAACAGCAAAUGACCUUGUGAAGAUGCUGGAGGAAACAGGUACAAAAGUAUAUAUAUCCACAGUAAAACGAGUCCUAUAUUGACAUAACCUGAAAGGCCGCUCAGGAAUGAAGAAGCCACUGCUCCAAAACCGCCAUAAAAAAAAGACAGACUACGGUUUGCAACUGCAACAUCUCAAGACAUCAGUCAGGAAGUUAAAGCUUGGUCGCAAAUAGCUCUUCCAAAUGGACAAUGACCCCAAGCAUACUUCCAAAGUUGUGGCAAAAUGGCUUAAGGACAACAAAGUCAAGGUAUUGGAGUGGCCAUCACAAAGCCCUGACCUCAAUCCUAUAGAACAUUUGUUAGCUGAACUGAAAAGCAUGUGCGAGUAAGGAGGCCUACAAACCUGACUCAUUAACACCAGCUCUGUCAGGAGGAAUGGGCCAAAAUUCACCCAACUUUUUGUGGGAAGCUUGUGGAAGGCUACCCAAAAACGUUUGACCCAAGUUAAACAAUUUAAUGGCAAUGCUACCAAAUACUAAUUGAGUGUAUGUAAACUUCUGACCCACUGGGAAUGUGAUGAAAGAAAUAAAAGCUGAAAUAAAUCAUUCUCUGUACUAUUAUUCUGACAUUUCACAUUCUUUGUCACGUUCGUUGAUGAACGGGUCAGACCAAGGCGCAGCGUGAUAUGCAUACAUGUUUAUUAUACCGAAUAAACACAACGACGACUAAACAACAAACUAAACGAAACGUGAAGUCCAAGGUACACAAACAACAUACCUCACACGGAACAAGAUCCCACAACCCACUAGUGCCAAUAGGCUGCCUAAGUAUGGUCCCCAAUCAGAGACAACGAGUGACAGCUGCCUCUGAUUGGGAACCACACCAGCCAACAUAGAUCUAGACAUACUAGAUCUAAACAUAGAAAAUACAACAUAGAAAAUACCAACAAGGAAUAUACACACCCUGACUCAACAUAUAAGCAUCCUCUGAGUCAGGGCGUGACAGUACCCCCCCCCCCCAAAGGUGCGGACUCCGACCGCACAACAUACACAUAACAGGGUAGGGGCCGGGUGGGCAUUCCGCCUCGGAGGCGGAUCCGGCUCAGGGCAUGACGAUCUCUCACUCGUCGCCUCCCUGUUGCGCCCCUGGUCUGGUCUAGACCUCAUCGCGUUGCUUCCCCUCUCCUUCCUCCCACUAUACUCCAAGCCCUGUCUGGACCCUGGUGUGGGAGACCCCAAACCUGGAGAGGGGCUGACGUCUGGGUCUGGACUGGAGCCGCUGACCGGAGCUGGACCGGGCACCGCUGGAGCGGACUGCUCAGGCUCCGGACUGGAGCCGCUGACUGGAGCUGGACUGGGCACCGGUGGAGUGGACCUCUCUGGCUCCGGAGUGGAGCCGCUGACCGGAUCUGGAAUCGACCCCGGUGGAGCGGACUGCUCUGGCUCCGGAGUGGAGCCGCUGACCGGAGCUGGAUCAGGCACCGGUGGAGCGGACUGCUCUGGCUCCGGAGUGGAGCCGCUGACCGGAUCUGGACUGGACCCCGGUGGAGCGGACUGCUCUGGCUCCGGAGUAGAGCAGCUGACCGGUGCCGAACCAGGCACCGGUGGAACAGGCACGGGCCGUGCCGGACUGGACACACGCACCACUGGCUUGGUGCGAGGGACAGGAACAGGCCGGACCGGGCUGGCGACACGCACCACUGGCUUGGUGCGAGGGACAGGAACAGGCCGGGCCGGGCUGGCGACGCGCACCACUGGCUUGGUGCGAGGGGCAGGAACAGGCCGGACUGGGCUGGCAACGCGCACCACUGGCUUGGUGCGAGGGGCAGGAACAGGCCGGACCGGGCUGGCGACGCGCACCACUGGCUUGGUGCGAGGGGCAGGAACAGGCCGGGCCGGGCUGGCGACGCGCACCACUGGCCUGGUGCGGGGAGCAGGAACAGGCCGGGCCGGGCUGGCGACGCGCACCACUGGCUUGGUGCGAGGGACAGGAACAGGCCGGGCCGGGCUGGCGACGUGCACCACUGGCUUGGUGCGAGGAGCAGGAACGGGUCGGGCCGUACUGGGAACACGCACCACUGGCUUAGUGCGGGGAGCGGAACUGGGUUCCUUUAUUAACCCCCACCACUGGCUUGGUGCGAGGGACAGGAACAGGCCGGGCCGGGCUGGCGACGCGCACCACUGGCUUGGUGCGAGGGGCAGGAACAGGCGGACUGGGCUGGCAACGCGCACCACUGGCUUGGUGCGAGGGGCAGGAAACAGGCCGGACCGGGCUGGCGACGGGCACCACUGGCUUGGUGCGAGGGGCAGGAACAGGCCGGGCCGGGCUGGCGACGCGCACCACUGGCCUGGUGCGGGGAGCAGGAACAGGCCGGGCCGGGCUGGCGACGCGCACCACUGGCUUGGUGCGAGGGACAGGAACAGGCCGGGCCGGGCUGGCGACGUGCACCACUGGCUUGGUGCGAGGAGCAGGAACGGGUCGGGCCGUACUGGGAACACGCACCACUGGCUUAGUGCGGGGAGCAGGAACGGGCCGGACCGGACUGGCGACACGCACCACUUCCUUGGUGCGAGGAGCGGAACUGGGUUCCUUUAUUAACCCCCGCUCCUUCUGCUGCCAAACCAGCUCCUCUCGCCGUGCCUCUACACUUUCCUUCUCCCUUUUAGCCUCCUGUAGUCUCGUCAUCCACCCCGUGUGCCCCCCAAAAUUGUUUUAUUGGGGUUGCCUCUCGGGUCUCCGUCGUCGGCACGGUUGGCGCCGUUUCACCUCUCCUGCCUGGGCAUCUACCUUCGCCCAUGGCCCUUUCCCCGCAAAUAUCUCCUCCCAUGACCACCAUUUGCCCACCUGUGACAUGGCUAUUCGCUCUUCCUGGGCACGCUGCUUGGUCCUCGUUCGGUGGGAUCUUCUGUCACGUUCGUUGAUGAACGGGUCAGACCAAGGCGCAGCGUGAAAUGCAUACAUGUUUAUUAUACCGAAUAAACACAACAACAAAACAACAAACUAAACGAAACAUGAAGUCCAAGGUACACAAACAACAUACCUCACACGGAACAAGAUCCCACAACCCACUAGUGCCAAUAGGCUGCCUAAGUAUGGGUCCCCAAUCAGAGACAACGAGCGACAGCUGCCUCUGAUUGGGAACCACACCGGCCAACAUAGAUCUAGACAUACUAGAUCUAAACAUAGAAAAUACAACAUAGAAAAUACCAACAAGGAAUAUACACACCCUGACUCAACAUAUAAGCGUCCUCUGAGUCAGGGCGUGACAUUCUUAAAAUAAAGUGGUGGUCCUAACUGACCUAAGACAGGGAAUUUUUACUAGGAUUACAUGUCAGGAAUUGUGAAAAACUGAGUUUAAAUGUAUUUGGCUAAGGUGUAUGUAAACUUCCGACUUCAACUGUAUGCUGACACAUUUACGCCGAGAUCACCCCAGUAUAACAGAGCAAAACGGAAUUGCAAAGAAACAACAACACAACAUCAUCUCCCCUCUGCAUUCAGGCAGCCCUUGGCAGCUGAUUCUGACCAGCCCAAAUAAAGUACAAGAGCGAUAGGUAGGCUAUUUUGUUUAUGUUUUUUACAGUCUUUGGUUUAUAGCCGCAGAUAUGCGCCCAUUCUCGGUGGUUGAGAAUAUGGGGUUUCAGCACUUCGUGAAAGUGCUGGAGACACGUUAAGAACCUCCCUCUUUCACCCAUUACAGGAACCAGGUAGUACCCACUCGAUAUAAGCAAACCAAUGCCAACGUUUUCAAUGAAUUGGCCAAUGCACCAUUGGGUGCUUACUUAAAGACCCAGUGCAGUGAAAAACGUGAUUUUCCUGUGUUUUAUAUAUAUUUCCACACUAUGCAGUUGGAAUAAUACUAAGAAAUUGUGAAAUGCCCAUUUAGUGUAAGAGCUGUUUGAAAAGACUGCCUGACAUUUUUUAGUUUUGGCCUGCCUGGUGACAUCACCAGGCGGUACAUUAGUUAAUAGACCAAUACGAAAGUGAGUUCCAAACCUCUCUGCCAAUAACAGCUAGUUUUCAAUUUUUCCCACUCAGGAUACAUUUUCUGCUUGAGAAAUUGCUCUUUGCUAAGAAGCUAUUUUUUUUUUUUUUUUUAUUUAUUAUUGAAAACAAUCACAGUAAGGUACUUAAUUGUUACCCAGAAAUGAUUUGAUAUUGAGAUAAAAACGGCUGCAUUGGACCUUUAACAGUGACAGCCCAUCACAUCACCCCUUGAGUGGGAGAUGAGUACCGAGCUAUAGACAUGCCCCCUUUAUGAGAGUCACAAGUGUGCAUCUGGCACUGAAGGAGGCCAGAUGUGGGAAGUAGGAAUUUACCACAUACGACUGGGAAAAAUCCACUUGAACGGCUCUCAAAUGGGUAAGUGGGAAACGUGUCUAUUGCCGCGUUCAAAACAACUGGGAACUCGGAAAUCUCCAACUUCCGACUUUAGUGCAUUCAAGACAACUGGGAACUCUGGAAAAAACAAGCUCUGACUGGGAAAAAUCUUUUUGAACGGUCAUCCAACUCGGAAGUCCAUCUUUCUAGAGCACCGCACCCACUUUCCCACAUGGUGACCUCUGACCUCACCUACUAAGGAAAUGGCCUCUAUAACAGCAUUUUCGGCAGUUAAAUGCAACAACGAAACAUGAUUCAUAAAGAGCAAUCUAUUAAUGUGGUUUUUGAACUCUAUAUUUGUUUACAAGCAUGAUAGCUGUACUUUUAGUUUAUGGUUGACACAGCUUGUUGGCCAUUAGCCAAUCUGCGUUUCUCAACAAGUUGAAAUUACAUGAAUGCAUCCAACUGGUAUUUACGACUUCACAACUACUAAAUUCCCACCUCCCACAUGAUUACAAACGCAGCAUCAGAAUGGAAACUUGAGAGGCCCAACAUAACAAUCCGGUCACAACAGACAAUGCCAGGAACAUUGUGAAUGGCAUUUAUUUUUUUCCGCUGUACCGAAACAAAACAAAACCGUGACCACAAAACCACAAUAUGUACCGAACCGUGGGUUUGGUGAACCGUUACACCCCUACAAACUAUGAGUUAUUGAAAAAUGCAGAAUACUAAAAAAAUUAUCCUUACAGUCAGCGCCAGAUAUAAAAUGGGUAGAAAACGGCAAGCCACUGUUCAAAGUGAAGACCAAUGUAGCUUCAACAAUAUACCCACAAGUAUGUCUUCUACCUUCCAACAUUAAAACAACUUGUUAAAGCUGUUGUAACAAACACCAUAAGACAUCUGUGUUCUGUAUUUCCCUGUCUAGGAUCUGCACCUCCACAGCUUCUUCCAGCACUACCAGCUGAUGAGGUCCUCCUCAGAGGGCAACCCAGCAGAACUCAUCAAGUCUCUAAAGGUGAGAGACACUUCUGUUGUGAAGUCUCAUAUACGCUGUCACUUUGUAUUGCCGUCUGACUUUUUCAACCCUCUCUCAUUUGGGAUCAUGUUCAACAUACCAUGAAAAGUUAUAUUGUAAAGGUUGUGUAUUAAUGCCUACCUCUGUGUUGUGUCCCCAGUAUGUGUUUGUGACCAACAACCAAGUGUCUGGGAACUCUGGGACCACUCAUGAGGUUCUGGCCACCGCCAUCACAGCCAUCCUCAAACAGACAGCCGAUUUCAACUCCAGCAACAAGCUGCUGAAGGUGUGUGAGUGUGUCUGUGUGUGUUUAUUUGGAUCCCCAUUAGCUUUUGCAGAAACAGCAGCGUGGGCACACUUUUACUUGUCACGUUCAAGCUAAAAAUGUAAAUUCCCAUACUGACCAGUAGGUGUCACUACAGCACAUACAACUGAACCAGCCACUAGUUCCUUGAAAGGGAAAGUGGAUUCCCUAAAUGUUGUGUCACCACUAAGCAUGUUUUGACCACCCACAAAUGUUUUCGAAACAAUUACUUUUGUGCAGUUUUCUAUUAUCAGUAUACCCAGGAUUCUUGCACACGAAGCCCAUAUUAUAGAGCCCAUAUUAUAGAGCCCAUUGGUGUUUUUGACUUUCGUCAGACUAUUGAUAUGAUCUCUCUUAGUAAGUGCGCGUACCAAAUGGCACCGUAUUCCCUUUAUAGUGCACUACUUUUGACCAGGGCUCUGGCCAAAAGUAGUACACUAUAUAAGUAACAGGGUGGCAAUUGGGACGCUUUCUAAAUGUUUCACAAUUGCGCAGUAGGUCCAAUGUCUUCUGUUCCUCUUCCUCUUUUCUAGUAUUCCUGGUUCUUCUUUGAGACGAUGGCCAAGUCCAUGGCCCAGUACCUGCAGGAGGGGAACAGGAUCAAGGUUGGCAAAUGUUCUAUUCUAUCUGUCCCACAUUUAAAGAGGGUGUACACACACACAGACACACACACACACACACACACACACACACACACACACACACACACACAAAACAGCCAUUCCUGACAAUUCCUCAGGGGGAUGGGUACAGUCAUUAAUCUUGUCAUGGAAAUAUUUAUCAUGCAAAUAUUUAUCUGUGCGGUCCCGUGGUGUUUCAUUUUACACUCUCUUUCCUCACUGCAAAAAUGUGGCAAUGAACACUUCCUCAUUCUACAUGCAUGUGUCUCUUGUCAUAAACACAUGCGCACUCACACACACACACACACACACUCCCAGCAAUAACCGUCCAGCCUCCCUCCACUCCCACACAAGUAUUUCGCUUCUCUUUUUUUUCCUGAAGGUUUUUUCCUUUUAGUAAAUGAAAGUUCAGAUGAUGAUAAGGAUAUACCUAGUUGGACUCUUAUCUUGGCAACAGUUUAGAAACAGGCCCAGUAAAAUUCAGACUGGAGUCUCUACUGCAGAUUAACUAAGGCUGCUGAAAUUGAGCACAAUUAUAAUAUAAUUGAGAAAAUAUUCACUAAUACAUUUGAGGAUUUUACAAGCUGUGCACAUUUUAGUGAGUCAUAACUCUUAGGCAUCCAGCUAUUGUGAAAGAAAUGUAUUUCUCAAUAAGUAGAAGAGUACACUUGUUCCUUCCUUCCAUCCUAUCUGGUAAUAUAAGAUUAGUGUAUCUGCAAUUGGGGCAGAAUCUUAACUUGAGUCAGAUCCACAAAUCCACACACUUUAGACCCAUAGAACUCAAUUGGAGAUUUGCACGAAAAUUGCCUUACCCAAGUUAAGAUUCAGCCCUUAUUGAACUGAGUUGUCGUCGGGCCGAGAGGUUCACAUGCCCCGGGUCACCAUCUUGUCAACAUACACUACAGGCCCCCAUACAGUAUCUGAACCAUACACUACAGGCCCCCCAUACAGUACCUGAACCAUACACUACAGCCCCCCAUACAGUACCUGAACCAUACACUACAGGCCCCCAUACAGUACCUGAACCAUACACUACAGGCCCCCCAUACAGUACCUGAACCAUACACUACAGCCCCCCAUACAGUACCUGAACCAUACACUACAGCCCCCCAUACAGUACCUGAACCAUACACUACAGGCCCCCCAUACAGUACCUGAACCAUACACUACAGCACCCCAUACAGUACCUGAACCAUACACUACAGCCCCCCAUACAGUACCUGAACCAUACACUACAGGCCCCCAUACAGUACCUGAACCAUACACUACAGCCCCCCAUACAGUACCUGAACCAUACACUACAGGCCCCCAUACAGUACCUGAACCAUACACUACAGGCCCCCAUACAGUACCUGAACCAUACACUACAUGCCCCCAUACAGUACCUGAACCAUACACUACAGCCCCCCAUACAGUACAGGCCCCCAUACAGUACCUGAACCAUACACUACAGGCCCCCCAUACAGUACCUGAACCAUACACUACAGCCCCCCAUACAGUACCUGAACCAUACACUACAGCCCCCCAUACAGUACCUGAACCAUACACUACAGCCCCCCAUACAGUACAGGCCCCCAUACAGUACCUGAACCAUACACUACAGGCCCCCAUACAGUACCUGAACCAUACACUACAUCCCCCCAUACAGUACCUGAACCAUACACUACAGCCCCCCAUACAGUACCUGAACCAUACACUACAGCCCCCCAUACAGUACCUGAACCAUACACUACAGCCCCCAUACAGUACCUGAAACAUACACUACAGGCCCCCAUACAGUACCUGAACCAUACACUACAGGCCCCCCAUACAGUACCUGAACCAUACACUACAGCCCCCCAUACAGUACCUGAACAUACACACAAGCCCCCCAUACAGUACCUGAACCAUACACUACAGGCCCCCAUACAGUACCUGAACCAUACACUACAGGCCCCCAUACAGUACCUGAACCAUACACUACACCCCCAUACACUACAGCCCCCAUACAGUACCUGAACCAUACACUACAGCCCCCCAUACAGUACACCCUCCAGCAUACAGUACCUGAACCAUACACUACAGGCCCCCCAUACAGUACCUGAACCAUACACUACAGCCCCCCAUACAGUACCUGAACCAUACACUACAGGCCCCCAUACAGUACCUGAACCAUACACUACAGGCCCCCAUACAGUACCUGAACCAUACACUACAGCCCCCCAUACAGUACCUGAACCAUACACUAUAGCCCCCCAUACAGUACCUGAACCAUACACUACAGGCCCCCAUACAGUACCUGAACCAUACACUACAGCCCCCCAUACAGUACCUGAACCAUACACUACAGGCCCCCCAUACAGUACCUGAACCAUACACUACAGGCCCCCAUACAGUACCUGAACCAUACACUACAGCCCCCCAUACAGUACCUGAACCAUACACUACAGCCCCCCAUACAGUACCUGAACCAUACACUACAGGCCCCCAUACAGUACCUGAACCAUACACUACAGCCCCCCAUACAGUACCUGAACCAUACACUACAGCCCCCCAUACAGUACCUGAACCAUACACUACAGGCCCCCAUACAGUACGUGAACCAUACACUACAGGAGCAGUGGCUUCUUCAUUCCUGAGCGGCCUUUCAGGUUAUGUCGAUAUAGGACUCGUUUUACUGUGGAUAUAUAUACUUUUGUACCCAUUUCCUCCAGCAUCUUCACAAGGUCCUUUGCUGUUGUUCUGGGAUUGAUUUGCACUUUUCGCACCAAAGUACGUUCAUCUCUAGGAGACAGAACGUGUCUCCUUCCUGAGCGGUAUGACGACUGUGUGGUCUCAUGGUGUUUAUACUUGCAUUCUAUUGUUUGUACAGAUGAACGUGUUACCUUCAGGUGUUUGUAAAUUGCUCCCAAGGAUGAACCAGACUUGUGGAGGUCUACAAUUGUUUUUCUGAGGUCUUGGCUGAUUUCUUUUGAUUUUCUCAUGAUGUCAAGCGAAGAGGCACUGAGUUUGAAGGUAGGCCUUGAAAUACAUCCACAGGUACACCUCCAAAUGACUCAAAUGAUGUCAAUUAGCCUAUCAGAAGCUUCUAAAGCCAUGACAUCAUUUUCUAGAAUUUUCCAAGCUGUUUAAAGGCACAGUCAACUUGGUAUAUGUAAACUUCUGACCCACUGGAAUUGUGAUACAGUGAAUUAUAAGUGAAAUAAUCUGUCUGUAAACAAUUGUUGGAAAAAUUACUUGUGUCAUGCACAAAGUAGAUGUCCUAACCGACUUGCCAAAACUAUAGUUUGUUAACAAGAAAUUUGUGGAGUGGUUGAAAAACAAGUUUUAAUUACUCCAGCCUAAGUGUAUGUAAACUUCCGACUUCAACUGUAUAUAUAUAUAUAUAUAUAUAUAUAUAUAUAUAUAUAUAUUAUAUAGGUACUGUGCAAUAACAAUAGCACUUCUGCUAUUGUUGAUCUAACAUUCUUAAUGCAACAGUUGACAGUAGAUGCACGUUGACUGUGGGAAAUGUGCUCUACACAUGAAAUAAGAGCGUGCUAUAAGGGAUCAUGAAUAGUAAUAGUAUAAUAGUAUAAUAAUAAAGGCUAUAAAGCUGUGACUACCAUAACAUAACAGUACGACCCUGGCAGGUAUAAUAAUAAUCCUUUAGCAUGUGGCCUCUAGCACUCCAUUAACAUGCCGACAGAUUUGAUCAACACUAUAUUAUCAGCCUUAGCAUAUUUGACUAACAAAUAAAAAUCAACAUGUAUGUCCAUUAUAUUAUUAACCCUUCGAUUGCCAGUGGCUCUACAAUGUUUUGUCUUUGGGAUUGAAAAUAAUCUCUACCUCAAUUAUUUUAAUUUGUAGGAUGAAAAUAGAUGAUUUAUUUAUGGUCAUCUUGAGUUCCAGUAUGUGUGUUGUCUUAAGAUGUGUUUUGUAAUGCUAGAGUGGUUUGUUGACUGACAGGUCUUGACGGAGAUGAAGUUUGACUUCUUGAUGACUGUGUGCAACCACGAGCACAGCACUACAUCCCGC